UGGCCGAGAGACACAGACUCCGACAGACCGAGCCAGAUUGAGCCCAGCGGGACAGGGGUCCUCAGCCGCUACCACCCCCGCGGCGGUUCGGGCCAGAAUCCAGGCGCAGAAUCUUACCGGCACCAGGACGAGAAAGCCGGGGCAGAUCCGAACCACACCCGGGACAGGACCAGCCAGGGACCGAACACUGGGGCAAAUCCGAAUCUCUCCAGAAGGGGACCCAGGACAAAACCUAGGGGCGGAACACAGCCCCUCCUGGAGCCGCGUCCGGGCAAGAAAUCAGGGACAGGACCAAGCAGGUACCAGACAGAAUCCACCGGUAAAACCGAACCGAGACCACGCACGGACUUAGGGACGCAGCUGACAGGGCACAGAACCGCCCCCGCCUCGGGCGCCAGACCCAGGCACCUUGCAGAACCCGGGACCAGGACUCCAGAGCCGCGACCCGGCGCAGAACUCAGCCUCCGGAGCCGCUUCACCUGCAGUCCCCGGGCACCCGGGGUUCCCCGCCCGCUCCCAGGAGCUCCCUGUCCGGCCAGGCAUGAAAUCUCUACCUCCGGUUGCGCUGGGUUGCAUCAGCCUGACGCUGUGUCUGCUGCACCUGCCGGGCGCCCUGCCCCUGCCCGUGGGGCGCACCCUGCUGCUGCCUAAACACAGGGAGCCCCCGGACAGGAGAGCCGCCACGCCGCUGGGGAAUCGGCCCCCGAAGAGGAGGACGGUGGAGCUGCUCUGGGUUGGCACUGUGAGAGCUCAGCUGGACUGGGAGCAGCCUGGGGGGACCCCAGCCAUCCUGCCGCAGCCCCUGGGCGGCGCCAAAGGCAGAGCACAACGCUCACUGACUGGCCCCUGGCGUGCCAAGCGCCACGCGGCCCCGCGCCGCCACCACGCCCACCUGAUGCGUGUGGGCUGCGUCCUGGGCACCUGCCAAGUACAGAACCUCGGGCACCGCCUCUGGCAGCUGAUGGGCCAGUCGGGCCGCCAGGACUCGUCACCCAUGAACCCCAACAGCCCCCACAGCUAUGGCUGAAGGAGGGGGAAACCGUGGGGCACGAGCAUGUGGGACUGGAUUGCUUCGGGCCGAGACCUCACCUCAUGUGCUGCCGGGGGUGGCCACCCCCCCCCGUACAUUGUGUAGGAGCCUUUACUAAAGCGCUUCCAGAGCCAAA